AUGGGCAAAAAGCCCAAGGCAGAAGCUCCAUGGCAGCGCAACGCCAAGGACCAUGGAUACGGCCACAACGGCCAGCACGGCCAAGGAUACUCGCUCUGGCAUGGAGCUUGGCGUUCUGCUGGCUCGCCACAGGAGCCAAAGGAACCGAGGCCGAGACCACGUUUCCCUUCCUACGACCAACAGUGGGGGGCGGAACCGCACCUUCGCGUCAUCCGGGAGGAACGUGUGGAAGCUCCAGAGAGACCAGAGACUAUCACGGCAAAAGGAGCACAACAAGCCGUGAACAUCCUCAGGAAAGCGGAGUCCAGAGUCACCCGCAUCCAGAAGGAGCGGAAAGAGAAAGCAGCGCGCUUCUCGGACUACGAACAGCAACUCAUGACAGCUUUCAUGGAGGAAAGGCAGCGACACACCGAAAGACAGUCGCAGUUGGUCAACGAGCUGGAGGAGGCCCAAAAGCUCUUGCAGGUGGCCAGGGAGAACAUGGCCCAAACUGCACAGGGACUCAUGGGAAAGACACGGAUGGACGUCCAAGACACUUCAGCCGAGGACUGGGCCGCCAUGAUCACAAAGUACUCGGAGGCCCCAGUACGGGAAUCACAUACCGUGGACCCGGACAUGGCGGAGAUCCUUCGUCUUGCGACCGAUGCUGGGGAGAAUCGGCCACCUAUUGUGGACCCGGGCACACAUGGCCCGGCACACCCGACACCUACAUAUGGUGCUGCUUCCCCCCAGAGUGGGCUCUUCCGAUCGUCACCAUACCCGACGACCUCGCCUGUUUUGACCAAAGCAGCUUCCAAGUGGAAGCUCCGCAUGGCACAGACCAGCAUGUAUCUUCCCCCUCUGCGAGCGACCAGCGCCCUUCCCGGACUGUUCAGAGGGACGGCAAAGCCACAGACUACUGGCCCCUCCCUGCAGGAGAAGCUCGAUCAAAGGCGCGAGGCCGAGCGAAUGGGAACUGCCAUGCACCCCUUUCGGCUCCAGACCGACAACAUGGAGAAGGACGCCCCAAGGUACGAUACCGAUGGCAACCGAGUUGGUCACCAACAGGAGAUUUCGGACGAAGACGACCCUGGACGACGCAUGGCUGGGAACUCACCGGGUCUUGCGAAGUUGGAGUGGCACCUUUUACUAGAUAUGGCUCUGGAGCAUCGCGGACAGCCGGCACAUUGUCUUUUUGUGCUGGACUGCCCUCCUCCGCCAGCCUCCUUCAUUGUUGAGUCCCUCUCCGUUUUCUUCUACCGAUAUCUGCGUUCUCUGUUUGCCAAAGUCGGAGACCCUGAGAGGCCAUCCUUCGAAGGUGUCUGUCUUGUACUUGCACCCAGGCACCAGAGUGAGGUCUUACAUCUGACAUUGCGUCCGCCAUUUGACCUCGCCACCUUCUUCAAUGCUGUUCGGGAUCGCUUGCAUAAGCUGCGACUUCCAUUCUGUACUGUUACUGCUCCGACAGUGCCGCAACUUGGGCCAGACUUUGCAUCGAUUGUGGUUGCUCCGAAGUGGAUUCCUCAGGUCAGCAAGCAAGUCGUUGUAUACGACUUUCGUGCACUUGGUGGCCCUGUUUAUGCUGACAUCACACAUGAGAAUCUAUCACACUUCGAGUGCUUACGUGAAGCCUCUCAUCAUGGCUUCCACGACUGCAGCAUUUAUGCACAAGGAGGUUCCAGAGCGCUCGAACCUGGAGACACAAUCCUCGCCACCCUUGGCUGUGUCAUUCAAUUCCAGCCCACUGGUACACCGGCACAGUGGUGCUCAACAUUGCACGCCCGUUUCGACAGACCACAGUGGUGGCUUGUGCAUCCUUCCCUACCAGCUGAGGUCGCCGACAAGCCUGUCCUGACCCUUUACCAUGACCGCUGCCUGGCCUACAGUGCUCAGAGGUUUCCCAACAUCCAGGAGCUCACCGAUGUCGUCUAUCGGGGUACCCCAUGUCGAGACGCCUUGAUCGUGUUGGGUUUCCUACACCUCACCGAAAUGGCUGUUGUUGUCUUUGGAUAUAAGCCCGACCACCCAUGGAGCACCGAUGAAAGUCUAGGUCGAGGUCCAGAGCGCGAUCACCCAACGGGGCAGCAGCCAGGAUUGGCCCAACCAAGUACCGUUGACGGAUGUGUCGUUCAUCGGUUCGGGUGCACUGGAGCCUUUGCUACCAAUAGCGCUGAUGCUUGGUACCAGUGUGACCGGCUUGCCUCCACAUUUGGGCCUCCCGCCCUCUUUGUUGGAACGAGCUACAUAUGUGGCAUCCUUCUUUGGCUCGUCUACUGGUCAAGGGCUUCUGGCCAUCAAGCCAAGCUUCUUGCAGAACCUGCCUGUCGCAACAGAGCUGAGCGCCGAAACCUCCGCCGCGUGCGACAUGCCACGAGAUUUCUUGGCGGCCACUGGAUUACCGACUUCCCAUUUCGACAUCCGGGUUUUGACCCGACGUUGCUCGAUGAUUGGAAUACUUCGGAUUCUGAGCCCGAGGCCGAACUCACCACGGUGCCAUGUGCUAUCCUGCGUGUCGAGUAUACACCGGAACACCUCAUUGUUGCUGUUCCUGUUCCGACAACCCAAGAGGAGGCAAUCGAGGCCAUUCAGGCUGUGCGACAACACGACUCAGGCCUGGACUUUCCCAACCUCCUUUCUGUAUUGCCUCAGCCUGCCCUUGGUGUCGCGGUCUUUGCAGCGCUACCGCCGUGGGCCAGCGGCGCUGAUAUUGUCUGCCUAGACACUACCAAGAUCGAUGGCAGGCUCUUCCUUGCACAAGUGCCACAAUACUGUUCUAAGCACGGAUUGAUUAGGAGCGCCGGUCUCCUCCCCGGCCUUGAUUAUGAGGUCCUUUUUGGCGUUGAUCAGGUUCCCAGAGAGGAUGACUUAGUACACCUCUUCCCUGGGGCCCUGAUCACUUUCCUACACCCUGGGCAGCACAGGGAGGCCGUUCCCGCCCAACUGCUAACGAUGGAGCCGCUUUCCAGCAUACUGGGCACCAGACCCGUGAACGGCCCGUUGCCAUCGGCCCGCACUGUGGCAUCCAGGCCAAGCGUGCACCCACAGGUGGCCAACGCAAAGGGACUGGGCAACGCAGAGGCUUCUUCUGCCUCCUUGCUGGACUCCUAUGCCGACCUAAUGCUGCCAUGCACAACCACGCCUUACAUGGCACACCCCAGGCACCCUACACAGGUAACCAUCAGGCCGACGGAGACGGCAUGUGGAUCGCAGGCAGACUACUUGACGCCCAAACUAGUGGGCCCCUGUGUGACACCUCUGCACUCUCUGUCCGACAGGAUGACACCUGCCAGGUCUUUGCUGUCACAGCUCCAGACCCUACUUUCACCCGGCCUGUUGCUACGCCGUGCCGAGGCACUGCCGCUGGAGCCAGACUACCGCAUAGAGUCACCAAGGGCACUCCUGCUCCUGCUGAUACCAGUGCCGAGUUCCAGCCUUCUGCUCCUACUCCACCGUGCAUUGCCACCGUCACUGCCUCCUGGCUAG